AUGCAGCUAAAUACAAUUAAACCGCGUCGCGUCAUGUUUCUCUCUUUUCGCACCCCGACAACGCGUCGAGUAGUAUUCAACAUGGCCAAGCAGCAGACGUUAAAUUUUUUCGGCACUAAGAGAAAGGCUUCGGAGGAGGUGGAGGAUAAGAAGGUGGCUAAAGUGAAGAUUGAGACGAAGACCACCAAAUCUCCUGAGCCCGAGACAUCCAGCAAGCAGUCGCCAAAGUCGCCUAAGAAGCAAUCACCAAAGUCGUCAAACAAGGAGUUGUCAGCCUCGAAACAAUUCCUCAAGUCUUCUACAUCGACAAGUUCGUUACCGUCUACCAAAACCGUCUGUGCUGAAACAGCCAAGAAACUAGCUGAGGAAGGAUCGGGACAUACCCAUGGCCCGUUGCUGUACCGAACCAUUGUGGACACAUUUGAAAAGAUCGAAGCGACUACUAAACGGCUGGAAAUCACGGCCCAUUGUGCCGCUCUGUUUUUGUCGGUUCUCAAGAGCCAUCCUCAGAUGAUGGCCACUGUGGUCUACCUAUGCAUCAACCGACUUGGUCCCGACUACGAGGGUCUCGAAUUGGGCCUCGGAGAGUCGCUUCUGAUGAAAUCCAUUGCCGAAAGUACCGGACGAACGCCUGCCUACGUCAAGACCGAGUACCAGAAACUCGGUGAUCUGGGCAAGGUGGCCCAGUCGUCCAAGAGCAACCAGCGAGCCAUGUUUAAGCCCGAACCUCUCAAGGCUGCCAACGUUUUUGAUACCUUUCGAGAAAUCGCCCAGACAACAGGUAAAGAUUCUCAGAACGCCAAAAUCAACAUGAUCAAACGAAUGAUGGGGGCCUGUCAGGGAAACGAGGCCAAGUUUAUCAUUCGAAGCCUGGAGGGCAAAUUGCGUAUUGGACUGGCUGAGAAGUCGGUGCUGGUGUCGCUUUCUCAAGCCUUUGUCACCUUUGAAGCUGAGAACAAAGGCAAGAAGGUGAACCCGGAUGAUAUCACUGCAGGAGAAGAAAUGAUUCGAGAUGUGUUCUGCCAGCUGCCCAACUACGCGCUCAUCAUCGACGCCAUUCUGGAAAACGGAAUCAUGCGCCUUUCUGAAACUUGCAAGAUUUCCACUGGUGUUCCUCUCAAGCCUAUGUUGGCCAAACCCACCAAGUCUAUCUCAGAGGUCCUGGAUCGCUUCCAAGACACAGAAUUCACUUGCGAGUACAAAUACGACGGAGAACGAGCUCAGAUCCAUAAAACCGAGUCCGGGGAAAUGUUUGUGUAUUCUCGAAACUCGGAAGAUAUGACUGUCCGUUACCCUGACUUGGUUUCCAUCAUUCCCAAGUUUGCCGGAGAGGCCAAAUCCUUCAUUCUCGAUUGCGAGGCAGUUGCCUGGGAUAGAAAGCAAAACAAAAUCCUGCCGUUCCAGGUUCUGUCAACUCGAAAGCGGAAGAACGUGAACGAGGAAGAAAUUACUGUCAGAGUGUGUAUAUUCGCAUUCGACAUUCUGUACCUCAAUGGCGAGUCUCUUUUGACCCUACCUCUUGCCGAACGACGUCAGAAACUCAAGGAGGCCUUCACUGAGGUGCCGGGCGAGUUUCUGUUUGCCAAGUCGAUGGACACGUCCAAUGUUGAGGAGAUUCAGACAUUCCUGGACCAGUCCAUCAAGGACUCGUGCGAGGGACUGAUGGUGAAGCUUCUGGAGGGUAAGGAGUCUGGAUAUGAGCCGUCCAAGCGGUCGCGAAACUGGCUCAAGGUCAAGAAGGACUACAUUGACGGAAUUGGCGACUCUCUGGACCUUGUUAUUCUCGGAGGAUACUUUGGCAAGGGCAAACGGUCUCAGUGGUAUGGAGCAUUCUUGUUGGGUGUGUAUAAUCAGGACUCGGAGGAGUUCGAGACAGUCUGCAAGACAGCCACGGGCUUCUCGGAAGAAAUGCUGCAGAAGAUGUACGAUAAACUAAAACCCACGGUGAUCGAGACCCCCCACAGUGAUGUUUCGUACGACUCCACGCCUGCUAACUUGCCAGACGUGUGGUUUGAUCCUUCUACUGUGAUUGAGAUUCUGGCGGCCGACUUGUCUCUGUCUCCGGUUUACAAAGCUGGCAUUGACCAGAUGGACCGAGGUAUUUCACUUCGGUUCCCUCGUUUCAUUCGAGUGAGAGACGACAAGGGUAUUCAUGAUGCCACCAGCAGUGACCAGAUUGUCGAAAUGUACCAGAACCAGGCUGCGCUGGUGGGUUAG